AUGAACAGCAGUCGUAUCCUGAUCAUCCAGAGAGAUUUGACCAAGUUAGUCAGGUGCUGUGUCGAGAGGCUCUGACUGGGCGCUGCUACUGGGAGGUGGACUGGGAAGCGUUUGUGAAUAUUGGUGUUGCAUAUAAGAGCCUGCCGAGGAAGGGACGCUGGGACACAGAAAUUGACCGUAGUGACAGAAGCUGGUGUUUCAGUAUCACCUCAGUGAAGGGUUACUCCUUCCGACACAACCUUAAGGAAACCUUUAUACGGGUCCCUCACGUUGACAUCCAAGCCUUCCUGGUCACUCCAAAGAGACUGGGACUGUUUCUGGACUGGCCGGCCGGCACUCUGUCCUUCUACUUGGUGUCUGACGACAGAAAAACUCUCAUUCAUACCUUCCACACCACGUUCAGCGAGCCUCUCUACCCAGCAUUCACAGUUCGUUUAGGAUCCUCUGUGACCCUGUGCAGGGUGGUGAAGAUGGAAACUACUCGUUCAAGCUUCACACCUGAGAUGAGCAAAGGAAGAACAGGCAUUUCAUACAGGUUCCUGUUUCCCGGUUCAGGGUUGUUCCAGUGUUCUUUGACUGGUCUGGUCUUUGAUGUGACUCGUGAGAGUGAGGUCACCUACAAGACUCUGAUCUGGGAUCCUCUGGUCCUCCAACCAGCGCACAAAGUGGCCGGAGGCCCGCUGUUCGGCAUCGAGUGUCUUCGGGACUCUAUACGUCAGCUGCACCUCCCACACUGUGAGCCUGAGCCGGCACUGGUCUCUGACAGCAUCUCUGUGGUCCACAUCACGGAUGAUGGCAUGAGCAUCAUACAGCCUCUGGAGAUCACUGAGACUCACGUGGUCGUGGACGUCCCUCACCUCUCCGCCUUCGGCCUCGUCUGGGAUCUCGUUGAGCGGUUUUUCAAUUACAUGACGAAACCCGUUCGUGGCCAAGUCCUGCUCUUCCUGAGAAACAGGCCACGCCCCAUCCUCAGUGUGAUGCUGCUCCCAGGAAACGUCCCUCUGCACGACGUGAAAGUGCAGCACGCUGCUUCAGAGCACAUCGAAGCGCCGUCCUUCUGUUAUUUCCACAAAGGUCAAAAGUACAGUCUGAGCAGCGCCCCGCACCACUUUAAAAUACAGCCUGCACGUGCAGAGUUUUUUGAAAAUUACGGACCAAAUUACCACCCGACCUUUGAGAUCAUCCUGACAGCGAACGCAGAGGAAGUGAUGCUGAUGGUGCAAGAUCCCGAGGAGACACGAGUGUGGGAGCACGACCUUCAUCUGCCCGCUUCAUCCUCGGCUGAUUCUCCAGGUGGAAGUCCUCUUCAGAUGGGGAACAGCGCCUCAGCAGAGAAGCUGCGACUCGCUCGCACAAACUUCGUCGAUAAAGUGUCGGAUCCGGUUCUGAACAAGCUGCUGGACGAGCUGCAGCACGUCACCGUGCUAACUGAUGCUGAGGGCGAAGCGGCCAGAGCCAAACCGAGAGGCGAGAAAGCUCGAGACCUGAUCGACAUGGUGCGAAAGAAAGGAGCUGAAGCAAGUUCAAAAAUGAUCGCCGUCUUUUACGCCAACGAUCCGUAUCUGUGCAAAGAGCUCGGCUUAAUGUGAAGCACAAAUCUGUGAUGAUCACAUGCACGUAGACAUGAGGUUGGAGGCAAAAAAGAUUUAGCUUCCAUGUAAAAGUAGCUGAAAGUUUGUCUUCUCUGUUUCUAACACUUAUUUUGGGCAGUUUGAGUCUUUAUUGGACACGACGCUCGUCUUCAGCUCGCAGCAGCAACACUGAGCAUCAUCACCUAACUGUGGCUGAGAAAUAAAGUCAGCUGCUCACUGACGUCACCAAAGAACCGACUCCGAUAACAACACCGACUCCACAUAAGGAUAGAAACUGGCACUGAUGCGGCUUCAGAGCAUGGCCUGUGAUCAAGUGUGCCCUUUUUGCAAUAAAUUCGAUUCCAUCAUGUUUUUACUUAUUUAAAUUUGUAAUUAUUUACAUAUUGUCCGUUUGAUUAUUUUUAUUGAAGUUGAAACUAAUACACAAGCUUCCAAUAAACAGAGCUCCUGGAUGUUUUUGGCUCAAUC